AUGGGAAGAGGGGUGAUACUGCACGAUACUGACUUGCGAGCGUUGGCCCACUGUAUAAAUAAGAAAUACAAGAUACCUCAUUUCGAGGCUUCGGCAGGAUGGUUGAAGAAAUUUAAACACGUCAACCACUUUACGUCACGUCGAAUAACAAAAUUUGUGAGUCGACGAACCUUACGCAAUCGACCACAGAUUGAAGAGGCUUCUCGCAGAUUUGUUGAAUUGAUCAAAUCAAAAAAUGUGGAUCCGGAGUGUUUGUAUAACGCGGAUCAGUCCGCAUUAACAAGAGAGCUCUACACGGUGCGGACUCUAGCACCACGUGGGCAACGGAAUGUGGAGUGCAUCGCUCAACAGCUUCAAUCCUUGACCCAUUCGUACACCAUUCUGCCAAUCAUAAGGGCAGAUGGUGUUUUACUACCCAAACUGUAUAUUGUAUUAGCAGAGCCAAAUGGCGAAUUUCCACAAAGCUUCACUUGGAAUUCACCUAAUCUGUUCAUCGAAUGCGGUCAAUCUCAUAUUAUGACCAAACGUCACAUGCUGUCAUGG